UUUAAUAAAUUCGUAUUAUCAUUUUAUAUUUCUAUACUUUUAGAUCCACAACAUUCUCUGAAGUGUUUUAAAACUGUGGAGUCGUUAGCUAAUAAUAAAUUAAUGACGUUAAGUGGUGAAAAUAGAAAUAAAAUGAAAAAAAUGUGAUGUUAUAAGUUCUUUAUCAAUUCAAAGUUAGAAUUUCAUUGUUGAACAUAAAUAUUGUUAAGUAGAAAAGCUAGAAUUUCAGUAAAAAUAAUUGAUGACUAAAAGUAGCAGAGUUAAAGUUUAAAUCUAAAAAAGGAACCAAGUGUAUUUAUAAUUCAGUAUUUAAGAAGAAAUCCUUGGAAAAGUCUCUCAGCAUCAGUUCAGCUCAAUACCUAGUUCAUAUUAUUUUUAUUAUCGUAAUACAAUGUCAAAGUCUGAAUCGCCAAAAUUAGUUACUGCUUUAUUUUCUUUUAAAGGAAAGAACAAUGACGAGUUAUGCUUUAAAAAGGGCGAUGUCAUAACUAUUACACAAACCGACGAUGGAGGUUGGUGGGAAGGUACCUUGAACGAGAAAACUGGCUGGUUUCCAUCCAACUAUGUCAAGGAAUAUAGAUCGCCUGAUGCCGGACAUUCCUCGGUAAAGUCAUCACCAGAGAAAACUAAUCAGGAAUUACCAGUGCAUCAGAGAUUCAAUAGAGAUAUAGUAAUAAAAGAUUUAGUAGAUUCUGAAAGAGCCAAUGUUGCAGAGCUUCAAAGUCUGGUUAAUAAUUUCCUUCAGCCACUAGAGCUUGCAAAUAUAUUGAAAAAAGAAGAGUACAAACAAUUGAUUGGAAACAUAAAUGAAGUAUUGGAGAUCCAUCAGAAAUUAUUAACAAAUUUAGAAACUGCAGUAACUCAAGGGCCUGACUGCAGAAUUGGCAAUUUAUUUCUCACACUUGCUCCACGAUUAAAAUCCAUUCACAUGACAUAUUGUAAUGGUCAUCCACAAGCAGUAUAUAUUCUUGAUCAAUACAGAGAUGAAUUAAAUGAGUUUAUGGAACGUAGUGGUGCUGUAACUCCAGGAAUAUUAGUUUUAACAACUGGACUUAGCAAGCCAUUUCGUCGAUUAGAAAAAUAUGCAGCUCUGCUACAAGAAUUGGAAAGACACACUGAAAAAAAUCAUUCCGAUCGUGGUGAUACACAGCGAAGUGUAUGUGUUUAUCGAGAGAUUGCCGAGAGAUGUACGUUCAUAAGAAAACAAAAGGAAUUAGCACUUCACAUAUUAACAAGUGGAAUUAAAGGAUGGGAAGGAGAAGAAUUGAGUUCUCUCGGUGAAAUUUUACAUGUUGGACCAGUAACAAUUCUUAUGGGUGCAGAAAGGCGAGAUAGAUAUUUUGUAUUAUUUCCUAUGACAUUAUUAGUUCUCAGUACAAGCUCACGCAUGAGCUCUUUUGUAUACGAAGGCAAAUUACCAUUAACUGGCAUCAAUGUAGUUCCGUUAGAUAAUACCGAAGAUAUAAAAAAUGCUUUCGAAAUAUCUGGGCCAAUGAUUGAAAAUAUAAUUGUACUUUGCACACAUAGAAACGAACGGUAUCAGUGGAUCGAGCUAUUAACACAAGACCAAUCAUCAUCCGGGUUGUUAAAAUCACCGACCUUGUCUCACACGAGCAAUCAAUCGACGGGGAAACUUCUACUUCAGGACUGCAAUUUGUCACCAGGGACUAAAACUCCUUGGGGUCUUGCUUCUUUGAGACCCGCUCCGCCGAUUUAUUUAAAAGCCUACGGCAAAUUUGAUUCUGGAGAACUUUGUCGUUCACCUAGAACAGCCAAUGAACGCCAGUUUGAAGAUGAUGCAAUUAUACUGAAAAUUAUCGAAGGUUACUGUAUGACUGUCAAUGCAAGAUUUACUGUUCAUUCUGCUGUUUUAGAUAAUGAUUCAUCUAAUAAGCCACGCGAUAGAGUAUCAGUAAUGAAUAAUAGAGUAGGAAAUUUGGAUCUCUUUGGAGAAAGGUAUCUGUCUAAAGUUGUGGAAAACUUAAUGAAUCAAGUUGGCGAUCUACAAAACCAAGUUACACAACUGACAAAACAAUUAGACGAAGAAAAACAGUCACGAUUACUUUUAACUGCUGCAAUGAAACGAAUUGGUGCAAUAGAUAAUUUUGUGCCUUAGUAAUUAUUUAAGAAAAAAAUUAACAAUAAUACUGUGCCUCAACAAUCGUACAAUGGAAAAAGAAACUUACGUGACAAAUUGUCAAAUAUUUUUUUAAAAUAAAUUAUAAACAUAGAUUUUUUUAAAUUAAUUUUGUGAUAUAAAAUUGUUUUGUUUGAGUUUGAUGUAACGAUAACGAAAAAACAUUUUAAUAAGUUUUUAUGUAUCGAUCUCAUCAAGUUAUUUUCCAUUAAUUUUUUAAAAUACUUAUUCAAUUUACAGGAGUUAUAUUUUUAAGUAGUUUUAUUAACUAACGGACUGCAAUUAAUCAUCACAUUGACUUUUCAUUGUAUUAUGUAAUUCAUAAACGCCAUAGCAAUUGUUUCAAUUUAAUUUUAAGAUGUUUCUGAUAAAAACGUUUAUUAAAUAAUUUACAUUUAUAGAACAAACAAACGAAUAAAAAUGCAACAAAUAUG